AUGUGUAGCGAGGUCGCGUGCCUCGACGUUGGCGCGCCUUCCCUCACCUCACCUCACCUCACCUCCUUCCUCGCUCCUUCCCUCACUUCACUUCACUUUCUUCCUCGCACCUUCCCUCACUUCACAUCACUUUACUUCUCCACCAACACAACUAUAGUAUCGCCAUUCUUCGCAUCACUGCCCCAUUUCCCCCAAGCCACAUAUCAAAGGCCCUCUUGCCCUCCUCCCAGCCCCUCUGAGGGAGCGCCACUUGAGUCAACUCCACUUCUAGAUGGCGCCCAGGACAUUGACAUUUCUGUUCCCCCUUCCACAGCGCCUUCGGUUGUCUCUUCUGCCAGCAUCCGAGUUAUCACCUACCGGCCAUCCGUCCUCGUGCUCAUGCUGGUGGUGCACUACCUCUUUGUGGGCGUCCUGGUCUACAUCGUGUACCGUCUCCUUGGCGGCUUCAACUCCGCUUGCAAAGAUGCUCCUGGAGGUUCUGGCCCAGCUGGGGUCCAAGAUUAA